UAGUUGUGGCAGCGACAGCUCACUCCGAGUUCGGCCAUUGUGUUAUGUAGCGUCUCUCAGUCUGUGUAUUUAUGAAUUCAAUUGGUACUUGGGCAAUAAAGAAAAGUGUAUUAAUUGUACAAUUUUGACUUAGUGUUUGUAAUUAACGACACAAAGAGCUACUAAGAUUGGAAGAUUUACCGUGAAAUGGCCAUGACGUCCACACAAGUGAAACAACAACAAACCGGAAUGGCGGGCACAGGCACGGGAUGGCCACGAAGAAAUAGCCAAAAUGCAAACGCGACGACAACAUCUUUCGAUAGCAAGUAUCCCGCACCGUCCACAGCAAUCAACCGUAUCAUAAACUUGUAUCCCCUGACGAAUUACACAUUCGGAACGAAAGAGCCACUUUUUGAAAAGGACCCAAGUGUACCCGCCCGAUUUCAAAGGAUGCGCGACGAAUUUGAACGCAUCGGCAUGAGACGAAGUGUCGAAGGCGUUUUACUGGUCCACGAACAUGGAUUACCUCACGUUCUCUUAUUACAAUUGGGAACCACCUUCUUUAAACUACCAGGUGGUGAAUUAAACCCUGGCGAAGAUGAGGUGGAAGGCUUGAAACGGUUACUGACCGAGACUUUGGGAAGGCAAGAUGGCGUUAAGCAAGAUUGGCUUAUCGAAGAUAUUAUCGGCAACUGGUGGAGGCCGAACUUCGAACCGCCUCAGUAUCCUUACAUUCCGCCACACAUAACCAAACCAAAGGAACAUAAGAGAUUAUUCCUCGUCCAGUUGCAGGAGAAGGCGUUUUUCGCAGUUCCGAAAAACUAUAAAUUAGUGGCGGCGCCUCUAUUUGAACUUUAUGACAAUUCCCAAGGCUACGGGCCGAUCAUUUCGUCUUUACCUCAGGCACUGUGCAGAUUUCAAUUUAUCUACAUGUGAGGGUUGCUGAACAGUGAGUGACUGGUGUUCAAUUCGACGUUUGCGUAUCUCAGAUUUGCAAUCAAAAUAGACUUAGACAUUGUAAUUUUACCUAUCAUUCAGUGAGGACUUGACGCAUGUAAUAAAAACGUGAAGUUUUUAUAUAUUUCAUUUAUUAGGUUGUAUAAAUAUAAGUGAUAUUAAUGCUAAUUACUAUUUGAUUAGGUGUUCUAAUUCUUAUACUGGUAGGAAUACAAAGUACAAAAUCAAA